GCUGCGCUCUGGGGGCACCCAGAAAGUCUGCCAUUUCGCCCUGCCGAUAAGUCGUAGCCGCCGGCAGUGAUUGCGCUGAGAGGAUAAGAUAUCACUGGGAUUUUUAAUUCCCUGAGGCACCCGGUACUCUGGGCCUCCUUCUCCGGGGGACAGCCUGACCCGGCAUCCAGGGUGAGCAACAACUGGCAAGAUGAACAACCGCCGGAGGCUAGCCGUCCGGUCCCUCCGGGAGCUGACGGGGGCUGGCUCACGCAGAGAGGAAGGUGCUGCUCCCAUGGGGCCUGGCGUGAAGUGAUGGAGGCUGGCUGAGCCGCGGUGACAGCUCAUCGGCAAACUCCGGGAAUUCCCACGGCCCGAGGACGGCGCUCCAAGACCCGUCCGAGGCCACCUGGAGGAUUGGGCCGGGGCCCAGUGUGGCCUGGUCCCGGGCUCUGACCAAGGUCCAAGAAUGAAGUGAGACUGGAGCCACAAGAAGGAGCAACGCUCGGGGCUGAGCGCUUGGGAGAGGACGGCUGAGCAACGGAGCCACAGGAACGCAAGGAGAGUAGUCCACGAGGAAUAGUCCACGAGGAAUAGUCCACGAGGAACGCAAAGCUCAACGUGUCAACAGGACGGCCGGGAGGACGCCCCGACGGGACCCGACCCGACCCGACGGGCACCGCAUCGCAUCGCACCGCACGGGACCGGACCGGGAACCGGGGACCGGGGAGGAAGAGCCGCCGGAGGGGCUGAGAGCCGGUCCUGCCCCGCACACUCCGCCCAGGUGCCGGGCCGGGCCGGGCCGGGCCUCCCCCCGCACCAUGCACCUCCUCCUCCUCCUCCUCCUGCUGCCGCAGCUGCUGCAAGUCGCCCUGCGGGCCCGGCCGGGCUUAGGGGUCCAAGCCGCUCCCCAAGUGUUGGACCUCCUCUCCGCGUCCAACCAGCGGCUGGCGGCCGGUUCCCUGCAGCCGGCCCUGAGCGACCCCGCCCUCAACGAAGUGUACGUCCUCGCCACCUUCAAGCUACAGACCAAAGCGUCGGCCACCCUCUUUGGGCUUUACUCUUCCUCCGACAACAGCAAAUACUUGGAAUUCACCAUCAUGGGGCGGUUGAACAAAGCCAUCCUCCGCUACCUGAAGGCCGACGGGAAGAUCCACGCGGUGGCCUUCCACAACGUCCAGCUGGCGGACGGGAAACGGCGCCGAGUCCUCCUGCGGCUGAGCGGCCUGCAGCGCGGCCCCGGCGCCGCCGAGCUCUACGUGGACUGCGCCCGGCUGGACGCCGCCCAGGACCUCCCCAGGGCCUUCUCCGCCCUCGCCCACAGCCCCGCUCCCGUCGAGCUGCGCACCUUCCAGAGAAAGGCCCAGGACGCGCUGGAGGAGUUGAAGGUGGCGAUCCGCGGCUCUCUCCACCAAGUGGCCGGCCUCCAGGACUGCUUCCUGCAGCAGAGCGAGCCGGGGGUGGCCGCGCCAGGUGACGCGAAUUGGCAGCUCCUGGGUCAGGUGACCCAGCUCAACCAGCUCCUGGGCGAAGUGAAAGACCUCCUGAGGCAGCAGGUCAAGGAGACCUCCUUCUUGCGGAACACGAUCGCCGAGUGCCAGGCGUGUGGUCUGGGCUCGCUGACCGCUCCUCCGCUCGCCCCGAGGCCCCAGGUGUUCCCGGUGCCUCAGGCGCGCCGCUGCGACUCCGGCCCCUGCUUCCGAGGGGUCCGCUGCACCGACACCCGCGACGGCUUUCAGUGCGGCCCCUGCCCCGAGGGCUACACCGGAAACGGCGUCGUCUGCGACGACGUGGACGAGUGCGCCUUCGGCCCCUGCUUCCCGGGCGUGCGCUGCGUCAACCUGGCGCCCGGCUUCCGCUGCGACCCCUGCCCGGCCGGCUUCACGGGACCCUCCCUCCAGGGGCUCGGCGCCGCCUCCGCCAGGACCAACAAGCAGGUCUGCGCCGACGUCGACGAGUGCAGGAUCGGAAACGGAGGCUGCGUGCCCGACUCCCUGUGCACCAACACGCUGGGCUCUUACCGCUGCGGCCCCUGCAAAAGGGGCUUCGCCGGGGACCAGGCGCGGGGCUGCCGGGCGCAGAGGAGCUGCAGCCCGCCCGAGCUGAACCCGUGCCACAGGAGCGCCCGGUGCAGCGAGGACAGGCAGGGAGAAGUCACCUGCGUGUGCGGCGUCGGCUGGGCCGGAGACGGCUUCGUGUGCGGCAGGGACGUCGACAUCGACAGCUACCCCGACGAGGAACUGCCGUGCGCCGAGAGAAACUGCAAGAAGGAUAACUGCAAGUACGUCCCCAACUCCGGCCAAGAGGACGCGGACCUCGACGGCGUAGGGGACGCCUGCGACGAGGACGCCGACGGGGACGGCGUCCUCAACGAGCAGGACAACUGUGUGCUGACCCGCAACCCGGACCAGAGGAACGGCGACAGGGACGCCUUCGGCGACGCUUGUGACAACUGCCGCUCAGUCCUCAACAACGACCAGCGGGACACCGACGGGGACGGCAAGGGAGACGCCUGUGACGACGACAUGGACGGAGACGGCAUCAAGAACAUUCUGGACAACUGUGCGAGGGUCCCCAACCGUGACCAGAGGGACCGGGACGGCGACGGCGUCGGCGACGCCUGCGACAGCUGCCCGGACGUCAGCGACCCAAACCAGUCGGACGUGGACAACGACCUCGUGGGAGACUCCUGCGACACCAACCAGGACAGCGACGGAGACGGCCACCAGGACAGCACGGACAACUGCCCCACCGUCAUCAACAGCGCCCAGCUGGACACGGACAAGGACGGGCUGGGCGACGAGUGCGACGACGACGACGACGACGACGGGAUCCCCGACUGUCCCCCCGGCCCCGACAACUGCCGCCUGGUGCCGAACCCCGGCCAGGAGGACGAGAACGACGACGGCAUAGGCGACGUCUGCGAAGCCGACUUCGACCAGGACCAGGUCGUCGACCGGAUCGACGUCUGCCCGAGAACGCCGAGAUCACGCUGACCGACUUCCCGGGCGUACCAGACCGUCGUCCUGGACCCCGAGGGGGACGCCCAGAUCGACCCCAACUGGGUGGUCUUGAACCAAGGCAUGGAGAUCGUCCAGACGAUGAACAGCGACCCGGGGCUGGCCGUGGGCUACACGGCUUUCAACGGGGUGGACUUCGAGGGCACGUUCCACGUGAACACGCAGACGGACGACGACUACGCCGGCUUCAUCUUCGGCUACCAGGACAGCUCCAGCUUCUACGUGGUCAUGUGGAAGCAGACCGAGCAGACCUACUGGCAGGCCACCCCCUUCCGCGCCGUGGCCGAGCCCGGCAUCCAGCUCAAGCUAGGCAAACAUACCCACCCCGAGGACAGUACACACUUCUACACGUUUCACGGCCGCCCUCCGUCUCUCCUACGUUUCCGUUUACUCACGCUUAAGGACGCCGGAUUACUGUCUCGAGACCACACGCGCGUCUCCGCGCGCGUGAAGUCCAAGACGGGCCCCGGGGAGCACCUACGCAACUCGCUGUGGCACACGGGCGACACCGGAGACCAGGUGCGGCUGCUGUGGAAGGACCGCCGCAACGUGGGCUGGAAGGACAAGGUCUCCUACCGCUGGUUCCUGCAGCACCGGCCGCAGGUCGGCUACAUCCGGUACGGGUGGCGCUUUUACGAAGGCUCGGACCUGGUGGCCGACUCGGGGGUGACCAUCGACACCACCAUGCGCGGAGGCCGGCUCGGGGUCUUCUGCUUCUCCCAGGAAAACAUCAUCUGGUCCAACCUCAAGUACCGCUGCAACGACACCAUCCCGGAAGACUUCCAGGAAUUCCAGACCCAGCAGUUUGACCGUCUGGACAACUAGGAGGGCGAGGACCCGUUCUCUCCCCGGUCGGUCGGUCUCUGGGCCCGGCCGCCUGGGGCGACUCCGUCACGCGCCCCGAGGCUUCACGGGAAAUAAAAGAGGCGACGUGACGGGA